UCUCUCAUUUAACCUCACAGUUGUAGGAAAGGGCGUUGACUUGUCUCCACUCCCUCCCUCUCCAGUAAAGAGGAAAAGGAGUUGAGCUGGCAAGUCGGUUACCAAAGAAAGGGAAAGGAAGUUGAGCGGGGGCGGCCUGGAGCUCGGGGGCCAAGGCUUGAACCAGGAGCAGCAACCACCCCGCUCCACAUGCUGCCGCCGCCGCCGCCGCCGCCGCCGCCGCCGCCUCCCCAGAGGUUGCCUGGACACCGGGUAACCGACCUGGGGCCUGGGCCGCAGAGGAGCAGGCGGGGUGGGUUGCGCGGCUUGGGGAGAUGUGCGGCGACACGCGCAGAGCCGUGCCUGUCCAAUCAAGUAAAAUACUGAACAGCUUCCUGGAGGAGAGGCUGAGAAUUUAAAGCACCCCAAAUAGGAUGAUCCACUCCAACACCUCCCCUUUAAAGAUUCUGAAGUAGCAGAUGAGAGUUAGAAUUGUCAAAGUGAAUCUUACGAUGAUGGGAAUAAUUUCAGAUCCCAUGUGAAAUAUAUAUCCAUCCUGAAGUACGGUUUUAAAAUAUUCUUAAUAACUAUGCCUGAAAACAAGACAAUUUCCUCUUCUUCCACUAGAGGUGAUCAAACCAAGAUAGGUUUAACAUGUCAGGAAGUAAAGGCUCUCAGAGAGAAGACAUGGUCAAGGACAAAUGAAGGCAAUGUCACAUCUCAAAGUUUGGUUCUCUUUGGAGCCUCUAAGGAGACCAGUGAAAGUUUUCAUGAAAGUAAAAUGACAAACACCGAAGGGGUGAAUAAAGGCAUUUACUUUAGCUACCCAUGUCGACGUCACAGCUGUGCUGUAGUAAACAUCCCAGCACCAUGUGUCAACAAAAUGAUUUCACACAUCCAAGAUGUGGAGUUCAAAAUACAGGAGCACUUGGAAAGGUUUGAAACUUCUUUUGAAGAAUGGAGCAGAACUUCUUCCACAAAAGACCUGAAAGAAGAUUGGAGUAUAGCUAUACCAGUAAAAGAGGCCAAACCAGAAGAAAGAGAUGAGAAGUGUCCAGAGUUAAAGCAGGAAAUGGAAACAUUGCUGUCAGAGGCCGUUCAACUCAUUAAAAGUCUAGAAACUGAUCGGGCAGAAGCUGAAGAAGCUUUAAAACUACAAAGAUCAAGAAAGAACAUGAUUAACAUGAAAAUUGACUCUUGGUCAGUCUGGAAACUUCAAGAGCUCCCGUUGGCUGUGCAGAAAGAACACGAGGCCUAUUUGAGAGAUGUUAUAGAAUUACAAUGGCAUCUUGAAGAUAAAGCUAAUCAACUACAACAGUUUGAAAAACAAAAGACAGAAUUAGAAGAAGCAAAUGUAAAGAUUCAAGCAGACAUAGGCUACAUGAAGGAACAUGGCCCUUUACUGGACUCUAAGCGGAAUCAGGAACUUCAAGAUCUGAAAAGCCUUUAUAAAAAAAAAAAGGAGGUAAGGGACCUACACAGAAAAAUUAAUGAAGAACUUGAAGAAGUUUUAGAAGUGUGUGAAAAUGUCAGAUUGAAGGCUCAGCAAGUUAAAGAAGAAAGGGAUAAAGAUAUUGACCAAGAUGAAAAAAGCAUAGAGGCCUACAAGAGAGAGAGAGAUCGACUUAAUGAACUAUUUGGUCAUUACUGUUCAUCAGUGAUAAGCGUUAAUAUUGAUAUUGAGAAGAAGGAAGAGGAAGUAUCUGAAGUAGUAAGGGAAACAAAGUCAUCAACAAAUGAAUUAAAUUCUCUAUCAAAAAUGCUGGAAGAUUUGAGAAGAGUUCAUGAUCAACUCACCUGGAAGAAAAAAAGUCAUGAAAAUCAGUAUCUGGAAUCAGUUAGUGGUUUUUAUGCUGCAAAAAAAACAUGGGAUAUUGAGCUUUCUGAUAUUGCAAAAGAUUAUUCAGAUAUUUCCUUCGCAUGUACGCAACUGAUGGAAGAAAAUCAAAAACUUGAGAUUGAUAUUAACACAAUGACAGAAAAAAUCAAUGAAAGUAUAAAGAAAAGAUCAGAACAUGAGUCUGCAAUAAAAUCUUUGACAAAAGUGAAGUUAAAGAAUGAUAAACAUCUCAAGAACAUCCAUAAGGAAGCUUAUCGCAUCGUUACUCUUUUUCACCUAAGCAAACACAAAACAGAUGAAAUGGAAGAUAAGAUAGCAGAAGUGAGAAGAAAGUUCAAGGGUAGAGAAGAAUUCUUGAAAAACCUCACUCAAGGUGAAGUGUCUGCUGGAAUGGUGCUUCAGAAAAAACUGUAUGCCAUACAUGAAGUCCAGGCACUUGAGAGGAAAGAGCUUAUGAAAAAGAGAGCAAUAUGCACCGUAUCACUGGCAGAACUAGAGGACACUCUGCAUCAACUAGAAGAUGAAAUUGAAAGAAUCAGAAAUCUCUACAAAGAACUUUCUGUUAUACUUGACAAUAUACUUGAGCAGAAAGAUGAUAUUAGAAAAAAGAUGGAAAAAAUAAAGAAAAAAUUACAAAAAAAGGGGAAGAAAACCUUUGAUGCACUAGCAGAAACUGAGAGU